UCAGCAUUGUGGAUUGCAGACCACAUUGAGACAUUGCCCACAGAAUUCAGAUCAAUAUGGAAGAGAAAAAUGACUGGAACUUCAGUAUUGUUCUUGAUAAAUAGAUACAUGUUUUUUUUGUUUAUAGUGUUGCAAGCUGUAUUCAAUCUUCCUGGAAAUGGAACAGAUAAGCAGUGCCAAGCAGAAACUACAAUGGCUCUUGUUUGUGAAACUAUGGCUCUCAUUGCAACCAAUGCUCUUUUUGCUUUGAGGGUUUAUGCAAUAUACAACAAAAAUAGAGUGAUCCUUGGGAUCACUCUCGUAUUCAUUAUUUCAAAGUUUGGGCUGGAUAUAUUGAGUAUAGUAGUGAAAAAAAGCAUCUCAACAAUUGGAUCUCAAUACCAAGACUUUUCAAGAUGUGGUGGAACAGCUAGUAAUGUCAUCUACAAACACUUCAUUUUGAAACAACUUGCCAUUGUAUUUUUGAUAUUGGGAUAUGACAUUUUCAUCUUUAUGCUAACUGCAGUCAAGACUAUGCAGCAUGCAAUGGAAAUGCACAGGCUGGGUCAACCUGGUAUUACACAAGUAAUUAUCCGUGAUGGUAAGUAUUGCACAACAAUAUUGCCCAACCUGCUCAUCAGCCGCCUGAUGCUCAAUUUGCGUACAUAUUCUGAAUCUGGAAACACUACAACAUCUGAAGGGCAACAGACACAUGUGUCUUCAUUGAACUUUGCUUCCAAUCAGAUGUUGGGAAAUAUUGGUGCUCCAUUGGAUGGUGGAUCUUUCAAUGAGGAAGAAGAGGCAGAA